AUGUGGGUGCCAACUUUUGGAACCAUGAGGAUUAAUAGGAAAGAACUUCCUGAUGAAGCCAAGGCAAUCAAAGGGAGAACUCCCGAUACCACCAUCUUUUUCUCGAAAGGAAAGUGUAAGCUCAUCUCUUACUUCAACGAGAAUAAGAAGCUGGUAUUGGUCUUGUCAACCUGCCACGAAAAGAACGAAAUUGAAGUCGUCGAGCAGGAUGUGUUCAUUGGCAAAGAAAAAAUGACAAUACACAAACCCCAACCCAUCCUUGAUUACAACCACAAAAUGGGUGGGGUUGACACUGUGGAUCAGAUGACCAGGUAUUAUACGUGUAGACGUCGAACAAACAGGUGGAACAUCAGGGCUUUAUAUGAUAUGAUUGAUAAAGCUGCCUUAAACGCGUAUAAAACGUACUCAAAUUACCACCCUUGCAAACGAGUGGAUUUUUUGAACAGUCUUUCUGGUGCUUUAAUGAAAAUGAAAUGA